GCCAAUUUCAUUCUCAAUCCACGCGUCCAAACUCGUGCAGUGUUGUAUUUGUGGCAGCCAUGACGAUGGCCAGCCCCGAUCAGGAUCCUGGGCAAACAGCGAGACAAUACUUUGCCAUUCAAACUCUUAUAGAGGAAGGAUUGAAACAGGAGGAAAUUUUGGCUUCUGUGCGUGCCUACAAUCGCGCGGCUGAGAACCGAUUCUUCGAUCUGAUCGCUGCAAUUGCUGCUAUCCCCUCUGAAGCUGUUCUUCUUGCAAUAAUGCAAGAAAUUCUUGAUGCAUCUCCCAGGACUAUCGUUGGUAACCGCCAUGUUAGUCACAUCCAUUCCUCCAUGAAGUACAACGAUGCUAAACAUCAUGAGGCUCGAACGCUCGACGAGGUAUCUCCAUAUAUUGAAACGCCUUCAAGGCAAUCUACAGAUAUGAUGUCCAGGAAGAGACCAGUCGUCAGAAGACGCUGUCCCGGCAACAGCUGUAGUUGGGCAUGCCCUGAUAGACCAAUGGACGGAAGGAGACACUGGCAAUCAUUCAAACCGUUCUCCGAUCACUUCAUUGCUACGCACAUACAUAGCUACAGAACUGAGACCGGCGCACAUGCCAUAUGCUCCUUCUGUCAACCACCAGUCGCCUUUAACGGCGAUGGCACGUUGCUUGUUCAUCAUCUCUGGACAUCGCACAUGGAUCCUUAUCUGUCCAUUUCAGCACUUCCUGCCUCUUGACACGAUCGCUCCAUUUCGGAGACCAGCUUUAUUACUCCGGUGAUACAAUGAUCUUCGGCCUCAAUGUAGCGUCGCGGGCUCUCACUCACGACGUUGCUGGUCUUCAUGCAGGUUCAUUGUUACGGC